CCAUGACUCCGCGCCACAACCCCUCAAACGAGCCCGAAUCAAACCGAGAUUGAAAGAUUCCCUUUCCCCGAGGGCUUUCUCGUAAUUUCCCUCAUAAGAAACGCGUUUCAUGGCCUUCGUCUCAACUGCUUUAAAUUUCACCGCGCAUCCUCGUCUUUUGAAAUACCAGAUUUACCCCUCUGCAUCCUCGAAGGUUCUUCUUCUCUCCAGCGCGCCAGCUUUCCUCAUUGCCGAUCGCCGCCGGAGAUGGAUCGUGGCUGAAGCUUCUCCGACGAGGGAUGAGGAGGUGGUCGUGGUGGAGAAGAAGGGUGUUGGAGAAUGGGGGAAGGUAUCGGCGGUUCUCUUCGACAUGGACGGCGUGCUCUGCAACAGCGAGGGAGCAGCUGGUAUGGCCGCCGUCGAUGUUUUCGCCGAGAUCGGCGUCGAAGUCGAAGCUGAGGAUUUCAUGCCAUUCGUUGGCACUGGAGACGCGAAUUUUCUUGGAAGUGUUGCUCGUCUCAAAGGAGUUGAGGAAUUUGAUACUGCAACAGCGAAGAAACGAUUCUAUGAGAUUUAUAUCAAUAAGUAUGCAAAACCUAACUCUGGAAUUGGAUUUCCGGGAGCUCUGGAGUUGGUGAUGGAGUGCAAAAGAAGAGGGCUUAAGGUUGCUGUGGCAUCUAGUGCAGAUAGGGUAAAGGUUAAUGCUAACUUGGCUGCUGCUGGUUUUGAUCCAUCUAUAUUUGAUGCGAUUGUGCCGGCUGAUGGUUUAAAGAGGUUGAAGCCGGCUCCUGAUAUUUUCCUAAAAGCAUCAAAGGACUUGAAUGCACCUGCUCAUGAGUGCAUAGUUAUUGAAGAUGCUUUUGCUGGAGUCCAAGCUGCCAAAGCAGCAGGAAUGAGAUGCAUAGCAGUGAUGACUUCACUGUCAGAAGACAAAGUGAAACAAGCUAACCCUUCACUUAUAAGAAAGGAGAUUGGAGAUAUAUCAAUUCAGGAUAUUUUGAAUGAUGAGGAGAUAAAAGAAGAAAAACCUUCAAAGUAUCUAUGCAAUGGAGUACGCUCCGGAGUAUCAAAGCUGCCAAACGGGAGGUAACUUAAUUAAUGUAAUUAUAUUUAUUAUUCAUCAAUUUUGUUUUGGCUAUAUUAUAUCCAAUUAGUUCAAUGGUCAGACUACUGCUAAAUAAUUUCAAUAAUAGUUCUAUUAAAUUGCUUCUAAA